AUGACGGCAGAUAUUAAAAUGAUGUUCAGACAAAUUUGGAUAGCCGAAGAAGACAGGGAUCUUCAGAGGAUUAUUUGGCGAUACGACCACGCAGAAUCGAUGCAGGUCUAUUCAUUGAAUACCGUAACAUAUGGAACUACUUGCGCACCUUUUUUAGCCAUGCGUUGUUUAAGACAUCUAGCAACCCAACAGGAAGCAAGAACGCGGAAGGCAGCAGCAGCAGCAUUACUUCAAGACUUUUAUAUGGACGAUGUACUAACAGGUGGUCACACAUUGAAACAAGCGAUCAAACUAAGGAGUGAGUUAUCAGAGUUACUUGAAGCAGCAGGAUUUACGCUUAGGAAGUGGAGAGCAAGUGACCCAAGAAUCGUACAGGGUCUCUCCGGAAGUAUCGAGAAAGAUUCCAUGAUGGUUUUGGAUGAUACGGUGCCUUCAAAGACGCUCGGGUUAUUAUGGGACUCAUCCAAUGACCAGAUACAAUAUUCAGUAAGUCUGACGGACAGUAAGCAAAAUACUAAACGCCUUAUUCUAUCGCAAAUUGCCAAGAUAUAUGACCCGUUAGGAUUAAUAGGUCCUGUGUUGAUCGUAGCCAAGAUAAUUAUGCAGAAUUUAUGGAAGCUAGAUAUUGGCUGGGAUGAUCCGGUUCCACCAGCCUUUUACGAAACAUGGAUUAAGUAUUAUGCUUCACUUGAAGCUCUUAAUCAGAUUCGGAUACCCAGAAGCUUCAAUCCACAAAACGGUAAGCAAUCAUUUACGCUUCAUGGAUUUGGAGACGCCUCUGAAAAAGCUUACGGCGCUAGUAUCUACUGUGUCUAUGAAUCGAAAGAGGGGCAACGCAAAUCUUAUCUCGUGUGUUCCAAAUCAAAGGUAGCACCUUUAAAGAUAAUUUCGUUACCUAAACUAGAGCUAUGCGCGGCACUUGUACUAGCUCGUUUGAUCGCAGCUGUAAUAAGAGCUAUAAAGCAUCCAAUAAAGGAAGUACAUCUAUGGAGUGACUCUACUAUAGUGCUCCGUUGGAUAGACACGUUUCCUCACAAGUUAAAGACAUAUUAUGCCAAUCGAGUCACGGAAAUACAUGAGCUCGUGCCAGAAGCAAAAUGGCAUCAUGUACCUUCGGCCCAGAAUCCUGCAGACAUGCUGUCAAGAGGAACUACAGUAGAUCAGCUGAAAUCAAGUAGCUUGUGGUGGAAUGGCCCUACAUGGCUCACCCAGGAGGAUCAGUGGCCUAAGAUAAAACCAAAUAUGCCAACUGAUAAUUUAAAACUAAGCGAGGAAAACGUCCUUGUAGCAGUUACGCCCCGACAGGAUAUUCUUCAGAGAUAUUCUUCUUUCAACAAACUCAAGAGGGUCAUAGCAUAUUGUUUGCGAUUCAGGGAUAUUCUAUCAAGUCAACGCCAUUUUGAUGCCUUAAAACCUGAAGAACUUAAGAGAGCAGAACUAGUUAUCAGCCACAUGGUGCAGGUUGAGCAGUUUCCGCAGGAGUUGUGUUCUUUACAGCAGGGAAAAGGAGUACCUGCUAAUAGUCAAUUAGCAGCGGUCAACCCUUUUUUAGAUGAAGAAGGAGUCAUCAGAGUAGGGGGCAGACUAAAACGCGCAGACAUCCCAUACGAUCAGAGACACCCGAUAGCUUUACCAGCGAGACAUCACAUCACAGAAAUUUUACUAAGAUAA